UUCCUAUCAGGAUUUUUUCAUUGCAUCCAUUUUUGUGCAUUUAAGAAAUCUCCAAGAAUUAUAAACCUGGAGGAAAGCGAGAAAGAGAGUGUGGGGCAAGGACUCGAAAGAAAAACUAACAAACAAGGAAAGAGGCGACGUCUUUAUUUCAAAAUGCGAGCAAACCCAUUCUAAAGGAUGACCGCGAUGGGUUAGACAGGAUUUAACAUGAUUGCAAAAUAAAAGCAAUUGUGUGUAGCGAUGUCAGCUCCACUCGGGCCCCGGGGCCCAGGCGCCCCCCCGCCGGCUGGAGCCCUACCCGACCUGCCGGACCUCAGCCACCUCACCGAGGAUGAGAGGAAGAUCAUCCUGGGCGUCAUGGACCGACAGAAAAAGGAAGAUGAGAAGGAACAGUCAAUGCUAAAGAAGCUGCACCAGCAGUUUGAGAGCUACAAGGACCAGGUGAAGAAGAUGGGGGAUGAUACGACCCCGCAGACGGGGACGACAGGAGAACCCCAGAAGAACCCCAACGACUCUCCUACCUGCGGGAUUUGCCACAAAACCAAAUUCGCUGAUGGCUGCGGCCACCUCUGUUCAUAUUGCCAAACAAAAUUCUGUGCUCGGUGUGGAGGACGAGUGUCUCUGCGGUCAAAUAAGGAGGACAAAGUGGUUAUGUGGGUAUGCAACUUGUGCCGAAAACAACAAGAAAUCCUAACCAAGUCGGGGGCGUGGUUCUACAGCGGCGCCGCAGGGCCACGGGGCGGGUCUGAGGGCCCCAGGGGUCGACGUCACGAGGAGGCCCCCCAGGAGAAGAAGGCCAAACUGCAGCAGGAUCUCCUCUACCAGGGGCCCCCAGGGGACGUAUCAGCAGACAGAAGCAGACCUCCCGGACUCCCCAGACAAGGCUCCCUGAACAACGGCUCAGGGCUGAGGCUCUCAGGUCCAGGACAGGACAUAGACAGGAAACGAAGCCCAUCAGCAUCCAGGGAUCCAAACCAAAGAUACGACCAAAGGGAGGAGCGGGGUCAGUAUGCCCCGGGGGACGGCACCAUGCCCAGAUCACCGUCCGACUACGGGGAUGGGGACCCUCGGCGUGGGGCCCCACGGAGGUACCAAGACGCUGAGGCAGCGCGGGGGGAGUACCGUGGUGGACGUGGCCGCUGGCGCUCCCAUGAGGACUACCCUCUGGACCAGGACGGGCCCUACCCUCUAGACGGGCCCUACCCUCUAGACGGGCAGCCCAAUGAGUACGAGCUGCAGCGCCAGCGCCAGGAGGAGUACCAGACACGCUACCGCUCCGACCCCAACCUGGCCCGUUACCCCGUCAAGCCCCAGCCCUACGAGGAGCAGAUGAGGAUGCAUGCUGAGGUGGGCCGGGCCAGGCACGAGAGGCGCCACAGUGAUGUGUCUCUGGCCUACACGGAGCAGGACGAGCCCCAGGGACCAAUCCGCCUGUCCAGACAGCACCUGACCGAGCGCCGGCCGCCCAUGGUGGGCCAACGCUCCUACUCCAUGGACAGAAACUCCCCCACCCCUGGAGGCCACCCCCGGACCUCCAACCACAGCCCCCCCACCCCACACCGCAGCCCUGUGCUGGGGGACAGGUCAGGGGACAUGAGGCGGGGGCCAGGGGAGCCAAUAGGGUUCAGGGGUCAUGAUUAUCUAGACCCCAGCUCUGCAGUCAGGAAGACCAAGAGGGAGAAGAUGGACACCAUGUUGAGGAACGACUCUCUGAGCUCUGACCAGUCCGAGUCCAUCAGGCCGCCGCCACCAAAGCCCCACAAAACCAAAAAGGGGGGUAAGAUGCGGCAAGUGUCCCUGAGCAGCUCGGAGGAGGAACUGGCCACCACGCCGGAGUACACCAGCUGUGAGGACGUGGAGAUAGAGAGUGAGUCUGUCAGUGAGAAAGGGGACAGUCAAAGGGGGAAAAGAAAAACUAUUGAGCAGGCAUUUUUGUCCGACUCAACACACAACACCUUAUCUGAGAGGCAAAAGAAAAUGGUUCGCUUUGGGGGCCACUCAUUGGAAGAGGACGCAGAAUGGUGCGAACCCCAGGUUAAAGACUCUGGCGUUGACACAUGCAGUAGCACUACCCUAAACGAGGACAAUCAGCAUAGCCAUAGUGAGAAGCAUCCAGUGACAUGGCAGCCCUCCAAAGAUGGGGAGCGCCUAAUAGGGCGGAUUCUGCUCAACAAGCGGAUGAAGGAUGGAAGUGUACCUCGAGACUCAGGAGCACUGCUGGGACUGAAGGUGGUGGGUGGAAAGAUGACAGAAUCUGGUAGACUUUGUGCUUUCAUCACUAAAGUGAGGAAAGGAAGUCUAGCGGAUACUGUUGGACACCUCAGACCAGGCGACCAGGUGCUGGAGUGGAACGGGAGGUUUUUACAAGGAGCCACAUUUAAAGAAGUUUACAAUAUCAUUCUAGAAUCAAAGCCAGAACCCCAGGUGGAACUGGUGGUCUCUAGGCCCAUAGGAGAUAUUCCUCGGAUACCAGACAGCACACAUGCACAACUGGAAUCAAGUUCGAGUUCCUUUGAGUCUCAGAAGAUGGAUCGCCCCUCUAUCUCUGUCACGUCUCCCAUGAGCCCCGGGAUGCUGCGGGACGCCCCCCAGUACCUGUCAGGACAGCUCUCAAGCCAAAGCCUUAGUAGAAGAACAGCGCCUUUUGUCCCUAGGGUCCAGGUCAAACUGUGGUAUGACAAAGUGGGCCAUCAGCUAAUAGUCACCAUCCUGGGAGCCAAGGACCUGCCUUCUAGGGAAGAUGGCCGCCCCAGGAACCCUUACGUCAAAAUCUACUUCCUCCCUGACAGAAGCGACAAAAGCAAGAGGAGAACAAAAACGGUAAAGAAAUCCUUAGAGCCCAAAUGGAACCAGACCUUUAUGUAUUCUCCUGUGCACCGGCGGGAGUUCCGUGAGCGCAUGUUGGAGAUCACCCUGUGGGACCAGGCCAGGGUCAGGGAGGAGGAAAGCGAGUUCCUGGGAGAGAUACUGAUAGAGCUGGAGACAGCCCUGCUGGAUGAUGAGCCUCACUGGUACAAGCUGCAGACCCACGACGUGUCCUCCAUGCCCCUCCCCCGCGCCUCGCCCAACCCCCAGCGCAGACAGCUCCACGGAGAGAGCCCCACGAGGAGGCUACCCAUACAGAACAAGGGGCCGUAUUCGUACAAUUCAGGAUCUCAGAGAAUCAGUGACAGUGAGAUCUCUGACUAUGACUGUGAAGACGGUGUUGGUGUAGUGUCAGACUACCGGCAGAACGGCAGGGACCUACAUAGUUCCACGUUGUCUGUCCCCGAGCAGGCGAUGUCAUCCAACCACUGCUCGCGGUCGGCAGACAUGAACCGGGCGCGGUCGCGGUCCCCCAGUGUCCCCCCUCCACAGAGCAGAAGUCUGGACCCCGGCUAUGACAUUGACCCCGCCUCGUCUCAGUACAGCUCCUCCAGUAGAGUGGACCGGCGCAGUGUGUCCGAUGACCACCACUCACCUGACAGCCAUUUUCUCACCCUACCUCGAUCCAGACGCUGUCAACCUAGUGAUGAUCAUCAGAAGGAACCCAGGAACCACGGAGCCGUUGACAGGCAUGUGUAUCACAGCAGGUCCAGGUCAGCUGACCAGCGUCCCGCGCUAGAGCGCACCACCACGGAGCGGCCCGACUCCGCCCUCAUGAGGUCCAUGCCGUCUUUACCCUCCGGACGCUCCGCCCCUCCCUCACCUGCCUUAACGAGGGCGAACCCCCGCAGCGGAUCGGCCCAAACCAGCCCUACCAGUACCCCCAUGUCUGACAGGAGAGGAGGUCGGCAACUACCACAGCUUCCACCCACAGGGACCAAGGGCAGAAAAGACACGGACUCACCAGGUUGGACCAGCUCAGGUGCUAUGGAUGUGGAGGAGAGGACCAGACAGAUGAAGCUGAAGGUGAACAAGUUCAAGCAGGGGGUCGGGUGCGACUCCAGACUGGAACAGGACUACAACAAGAGGAGGGAUGGUCAGCGGGGUUCAGACAACAUGUCAGCCAAGUCUUCGGACAGUGAUGUAAGCGACGUGUCCGCUGUGUCGAGAACCAGUAGUGCCUCUCGGUUCAGCAGCACGAGCUACAUGUCUGUCCAGUCAGAACGGCCGCGAGGAAAGCAGAAGAUCAGGAACCAAUCACGGGAAGGGGAUGAACAUUUGGGGGAGGUGCUGGAGGAAGAGGAAGUUGGGCGAGAGGAAGUGGUGGGGGGAGCAGGGGGUACACAUAGAGGGCAGGGUAAACAGAGGGAAAGGGAGGAGGAGGCUAAAGAGGAAGGAGGUGAGAGGAGGACCACUGUAGUCACACAGAAGUCACAGGAGGAGGAGGAUGAAGAGGAAAAGCUGCGGAGGAGGUUCUCAGAGACUGACCUCAGUGACUUUACGUCCAAAAUGAAAAACAGGCAGUUGGGCACGUCGUCAGGGAGUAUGAACAUGACCAAGAGCACAAGCAUCGGUGGAGACAUGUGCAACCUGGAGAAGACGGACGGCAGCCAAUCGGACACGGGCGUGGGCAUGGUAGGCGGGGACGGGGACGGGGACAAGAAGAGACGCUCCAGUAUUGGUGCCAAAAUGGCGGCAGUGGUUGGCCUCUCACGGAAAAGCAGGAGUACCUCUCAGCUCAGCCAAACAGAAGCCGGUGGGAAGAAGCUUCGCAGCACCGUGCAGAGGAGCACAGAGACGGGCUUGGCCGUAGAGAUGAGGAGCAGGAUGACUCGGCAGGCCAGCAGAGAGUCCACCGACGGCAGCAUGAACAGCUACAGCUCCGAGGGAAACCUGAUCUUCCCUGGUGUGAGACUGUCCUCCGACGCCCAGUUCUCUGACUUCCUGGAUGGACUAGGCCCAGCCCAGCUGGUUGGACGGCAGACGCUAGCUACACCACCCAUGGGUGACAUCCAGAUUGGAAUCGUGGACAAGAAAGGAGCGCUGGAGGUGGAAGUGAUCCGAGCCCGUGGCCUUGUGGGAAAACCAGGUUCCAAGGCACUGCCAGCACCAUAUGUAAAAGUGUAUCUUUUGGAAAACGGAGCCUGCAUAGCCAAAAAGAAAACAAAAGUAGCAAGAAAAACCUUGGAUCCCCUUUACCAGCAGCAACUGCCUUUCGAAGAGGCUCCUGGAGGGAAAGUUCUACAGAUCAUCGUAUGGGGAGACUACGGACGCAUGGACCAUAAAUCCUUUAUGGGAGCAGUUCAGAUACUUUUAGAUGAGCUGGACCUGUCUAACAUGGUGAUUGGCUGGUUCAAGCUCUUUCCUCCUUCCUCAUUGGUGGACCCUACCCUGGCCCCCUUGACAAGAAAAGCUUCCCAAACGUCAUUGGAUAGCCGGUCAUAGCAGUGUGUGGACUGAUAGCAUUGUUGUAGCAGCAGCACCCAGUGUUGAGGUUAAACAUGCUGCGACAGACAGGUCACGCCCCCCGGUUACACUGCAUGCUUGAUGUUGUGUCUUCUGAGCCUGUUUCUAGGGGUGCAAAUGUGAUCCUGUGUUUUGAGAAAAAUGUCGCACACAUUGUGCGUAGCGAGCGUCGCUCCCUCGGCCGGGUCUGAGCACCAGCUCGGAUUAGAAGGCCGUAACGGACUCCUUAGCACCAGGAAUUGUCUCUAAAUCGAGCGAUUCCAGGUUUUCAUCCAAUCUAAGCCAUGGGGGUCAGAACUGGGAACCCGCUCGAUGAGUUCUACAGAAGCCCUUUUCGAAUGAAAAAUACAUGUUUUUGUUUAUAAUGAUUUUUUUUUGUUUUUUGUUUGUUUUAUUGUCGAUGUACUUGUAUACCUGAAGGGGUGACUGACAGUGUUGUCCUGUCCAGAAGCUUGGUCACGCCAAGCCAACAGACCUAGCUAGAUGUGUAAAUGGAACUAUGAGGUUCAUUGCAAUUGGAGAGGUGGGGUGUCCCAACUAAAGCUCAAACUUCGAAUAUGAGGCCCUAGUCAAAAUAGUAGUAGAUCACACCAGAGAGACAAUACUAAAGUUACUAAAGGCAAUACAGAAGUGGCUACUGUACUAUCGACACUCCAGAAUCUAUUGAUCAGAACCCACAACAAGACUAACUUUUAUGACCUAACAUUAUUAUUUCUCUGUUGAUAUAUUGUAUGACAUUUAAAUGAAGAUUUAAAAAAAUAAAAAAAAACAUUUUUGCAUGGACAAAAAUUUAGCUGAAAAAAAAAAUGACCAUUAUUUUCUUGAGGCUGCGACUUGCAAAAAAAGAUGAAGAAAAACAAAUAAAACACAUCAGCCAUUUUCAACAAUUUAUAUUAUUUUUAAAUAUAAAUUUCACUAGUGCAUGGUUUUCAAAGGGGAGUGAAUGCAACAGCGUGAUAAAAAAAGACACAUUGUUUAUCAUUCUUUAGACCAUCCAUAACAUAAGUCUGUGUUUGGCAGACAUACAGUAAGAGAAACUAAAAUAAAAACUUUUGGAGUUAUUUAACAACAAAAAAACUGUUUAUGUGACAAAGUGAUGAUGAAAAUAAAUGUAAAUUAUUUAUUUCAUUGCAAAGGUUUACAAGCCUUAUAAAGAUAAACAUUAUGUGCAAAUUGUACACGUCUCUUUCUCUCCCUUGUCCCAGGGCGUCCCCCUGAUAUUGUCCAGAGUUUCAGGACUGUUGGUUCUUUUACAGCUCUGUAUCGUUUCAAUAUGUCUUUUUUGGCGAUUUGUUUAACAAGCAUGUUGAAAAGGAUUUUCUGCAACAUGGCUUGGGCACACCUUAAAGUAACUCAGCAUGUUUUGAUAAAGAGGAUGUUUGGGAGUUUUGCAGUUUCUUGUACAGUGCAUGUCAACUUCGUUACUUCCCCCCCCUCACCUUCAAUUGAAUUCUACAGAAAAUUCAUUAGUUACUUUCAUGGCCAAACUAUUAAAACGUUUUAACAAAACAUUCCACUAACCCUUAGAUCAUAUUUUAUUUCCAUUUUUUCAAAAAGAAUGACAAGGAAAAAUAUUUUAUAUUCGUUGGAGGUUGACAAAAAAAGUUAUGGUUGCGAGUGUAUUUUAUUUCAGUAUUGUUAACUAACAUGCAAAAAUAAUCUGUAUUGGUACAGCAAGAAAGAUAUUUAUAUCCAAGCAAGAAGCGGCAAACAUACAACUUAUGUACUGUAUAUUGCUGUGUAGUUCAGGCACUGUUUGUGAGGAUGAGCAAAACACAAGGUCAAACAACAUGGGAUAUUGCCACACAAUAUGAAUUUAGUUUUUUUUGUUUUUGUGAAAAUAUAAUUAAUUUCAUAUAUUUUUAUUAGUUUAUUUAUAAGCCAAGACCAGUUUAUUUUUUAUUUUUAGUAAUUGUAAAUGCUUCUUGUGUAUGGGAGGUAUAUGAAUCUUACAGUUAUGUCUGAAUGAAAAUAAACUGAGACGUUAUUCCUUUUCCAUGUUAAACCUAUACAUUCUAAUGUCCAUUCAAUAUCUUGUCGCUAUAACAAGCUAUAUACUUUCGUUUUUGAUUUACAUUGUACAUAUUAGAAAUUUGAAUAAAACAAGCAAACACAAAUAGAUGACAAUAUUUUGGAAUAGGAAUAAUGUCUCACAUGAUGACAAAGACAUGUGUUAUUUACCCUUUUGAAUGCCUUUUCUUUCUUUUGUUUUGGUGCAAUGUGUUUAUGCCAAGGCUAUGUCUUGGUGAAGUAUGGUUGAGUACAGAGAUUUAUGUAAGUUAUUUUUCAAAUAAAAAAUGGAUAUUACACUGA